GAGAUUGUUAUUCGGGAAGUUGCAGCAGGUCAAAGGCUUUGACAAUGCUUGAUCCGAUCAGUCUGGUUGCACAAGUUAUGGGUUUGUUAGUUUUGUGACGUGGCACCCCGAAGUUUUAUUAAUUCUUAAGUCGGUUGAUUUCUUUACUGGUUUGAGCCAUGCAUUGCAGUCCAUCCAACUAUGGACGCCUGAAGUUAUAAGACGAAACGACUUGGAUUAGUAAAUUGCUACAUCCGGCCAGAGGCAUCGGUAACUAGCCGAUGUCUAACUACUUACUUCAUGGGCAGUCCGCCUUAAGUUACGUUUUUCCGGCAAUGCUCCAUCCCCCCAUACUUUCUUCAUCCAGAGCCUUGGAUCUUCUGCAAUAAAAUAUGGCUCAAAAUCGUCCACAGUUUCACUGCGGAUACUUUGGUUGCAACAAGACCUUUACGCGUCGCACAGGUGCUCGUCGUCACGAAACAACCGUUCAUGGGGAUAAAAAGUACUGUUGCAAUGAACCGGACUGCAAUUAUCGUGGUGGGAAACGGCGACACGAUUUCAAAAAGCACAUGCAAAACAAGCAUCCUGGAUAUGAUGAACACUUGUUUGUUCCAGAAGACUUCAGCAACCUGCAAGGCAGUCAUUCUCUAGUUGCAGAUUGCUCUCGAAGCCCAGAGGUCGGGCAUUCCCAAAGUGGGUUGUCUCCAACUAGAAUUUAAUCUUUAAUAAUAAUCCUAAUCAAUCGUGUCAAGUUCCUGAAGAUUCUACCUCAGUGCCUCCACCAACAAAUACCAGAUCGAAUCCAAGGUACAUUCCUAUCGACGCCCACGAAGUCCUCUCAGCUCCUUCGAUGGCACCAUUGACGUCAGCUAGCGUACAACAGCCUCAUGCCAAUACGAUUAGCCGGAAUAUUAUUUCUCUACGACCUCCCGAUACGAGCGUAUUUCAGGUUGUCAACCUACCACGUCCCGAAUUCGAACCAUUACCAAUGACGACUGCGGCGAUUGGAAGUAUUUGGAGUCAAGUUGAUCCAUUAACAAUGUGUGGUCCGGAUUCGGACCUCAAUGAUAUGGCGGGCACAGGUGUCGGGAACGAGUAUGCGACUUUUGAAGAUGGAUAUGAUUUGAACCGAUAUGGACAGCCAGGAAACGACCUUUAUCCCAGAUGGUGAUAUUCAAAUGUUCACUUCUAUCAUAGAUGCUUUAGGCAUCUAUUGGAAAAGGGGCCUGAGUGAAUUCGUGGCUGUGCUUGAAGACAGAUAUUUUCUGGCAGUUAUUUUCAUUAGUGUCACUUCAAAUGAGAUCAAUACGAUAGACUUAUUCCUCGGGGUAUGCAAGUUAUAAAGCUUACAUUUAUUGGAUUUCCGCAUUAAAGAGAAAGGGCUAUGGGGUUUCCUCAUUGUGCGAGAGAAGCUAUAACACUUGAGAUUAUAACCCAAAUCCUCUUCAUUUGAAUCGGAUGAGGAGAUUACAUUGUCCUUUGUCGUUAGCCUCCAGUCUCAAUACCCCGCAGCUGCUGCUUUGACAGUUGCACAUUAUUAGUAGAUUCGCUUUGCCUCAUGCAUAGCACAAAAAUUAUACAUCAGCA